UUAGUAGAUACCUUUUUUGUGUCAAAAGAAUUAAGGUAGGGAAAACUUCAUAUCAUGCCAAUUAGAACUCAACUGCUUGGGAAAUUUGUCUGUCCCCUCUCUGUCUUGAUUUCUGGGAAGGUUUGAGCCUGGUGAACUUUCAACUUGGAACUUGAGCGUGAGUGACUCCAUUUUGACUUUUUGCCUGGUCUGUAUUGGGAGCUUAGUCCUAUAACAGUGGCCUCCCAUCAGUUGUGUCUGAGAAUCUGGUUGGGUUUAGUGUUGUAUUUCCAAAUUCUCUUUAGAGGUGAGACUGUCCCUUCUGCUUUCCUCCUCACCUCUGGUCCUCUUUCCCAGAAUCGCCAUGGAAACCUACAUCCGGCAGAGGCAGCUCAUCAUGUCACCCUUGAUAACAUCAAAUGUGAUUGGGGAGAAUGAGCCACUCACUUCAGUCUUGAACAAAGUGAUAGCCGCAAAGGACGUCAAUCACAAAGGGCAAGGACUCUGGGUAUCCUUGAAGCUGUUGCCAGGUGACCUCACACAGGUUCAGAAGAAUUUUUCACACUUGGUUGAUAGAUCAACAGCAAUAGCUCGGAAAAUGGGCUUCCCUGAGAUAAUACUGCCAGGAGAUGUUCGGAAUGAUAUUUAUGUCACUCUGAUCCAUGGGGAGUUUGACAAAGGGAAAAAGAAGACGCCCAAGAACGUGGAGGUGACCAUGUCUGUGUUUGAUGAGGAAGGCAACCUCUUGGAGAAAGCAAUCCAUCCUGGUGCUGGAUACGAAGGCAUUUCAGAAUACAAGUCAGUAGUCUACUACCAAGUCAAGCAGCCCUGUUGGUAUGAGACUGUCAAGGUAUUCAUUGCUAUCGAGGACGUCACACGCUGCCACUUAAGAUUUACCUUCCGACACAGGUCGUCUCAGGAAUCCAGAGAUAAAUCAGAGCGAGCUUUCGGGGUGGCCUUCGUGAAACUGAUGAACCCGGACGGCACUACCUUGCAGGAUGGGAGGCAUGAUUUGGUGGUGUAUAAGGGUGAUAACAAGAAAAUGGAAGAUGCUAAAUUCUACCUGACCCUGCCUGGGACCAAGGUGGAGAUGGAAGAAAAAGAGCUCCUAGCAUCCAAAAACAUGGUGCCCUUCAAUUCCAGCAAGGACAGUACGAAGGACAGUUUUCAGAUUGCCACCCUUAUUUGCUCCACAAAACUCACCCAGAACGUUGACCUGCUAGGCUUGUUAAAUUGGCGUUCCAACUCCCAGAACAUUAAACACAACCUAAAGAAGCUAAUGGAGGUGGAUGGAGGAGAGAUUGUGAAGUUUUUGCAAGACACACUAGAUGCUCUUUUUAACAUAAUGAUGGAAAUGUCUGACAAUGAAACGUAUGACUUCCUGGUGUUUGAUGCACUGGUAUUUAUCAUUUCCCUGAUAGGAGACCUCAAGUUCCAGCAUUUUCAUCCUGUACUUGAGACCUACAUUUACAAGCACUUCAGUGCCACUCUGGCAUAUGUGAAACUCUCCAAGGUACUGAACUUCUAUGUGGCAAAUGCAGAUGAUGCAAGCAAGACAGAGUUGCUCUUUGCUGCCUUGAAAGCCCUGAAGUACUUGUUUAGGUUCAUCAUCCAGUCCCGUGUGCUGUACUUGAGAUUUUAUGGUCAAAGCGAAGAUGGAGAUGAAUUUAAUAACUCAAUUCGGCAGUUAUUUCUUGCUUUCAAUACACUAAUGGACAGGCCUCUGGAGGAAGCUGUCAAGAUCAAGGGGGCAGCUUUGAAGUACCUCCCCAGCAUCAUUAAUGACGUCAAACUGGUGUUUGAUCCUGCAGAGCUCAGCAUGCUGUUCUGCAAAUUCAUUCAGAGCAUUCCUGACAACCAGUUAGUCAGGCAGAAGCUUAACUGCAUGACCAAGAUAGUAGAGAGUAGUCUCUUCCAACAGGCAGAAUGCAGAGAUGUGCUGCUGCCGCUGCUGACGGACCAGCUCAGUGGCCAACUGGACGACCACUCAAGCAAGCCUGACCAUGAGGCCAGCUCACAGCUGCUGAGCAAUAUCCUCGAGGUGCUGGACAGGAAGGAUGUGGGGCCCACGGCAGCACACAUCCAGCUGAUCAUGGAGCGUCUGCUGCGAAGAAUCAACAGGACAGUGAUCGGGAUGAGCCGGCAGUCUCCCCACAUUGGCAGCUUUGUGGCUUGUAUGAUAGCCAUCCUACAGCAAAUGGACGACAGCCACUACAGUCACUACAUCAGUACUUUCAAAACCAUACAGGACAUCACUGACUUCCUUAUGGAGACUUUUAUCAUGUUUAAGGAUCUGAUCGGGAAGAAUGUCUACGCCCAAGAUUGGAUGGUCAUGAAUAUGACACAGAGUAGGGUUUUUCUCCGUGCUAUCAAUCAGUUUGCUGAGGUUCUCACAAGAAAAUUCAUGGAUCAUGCAAGCUUUGAACUUCAGCUCUGGAACAAUUACUUCCACUUGGCAGUCGCAUUUCUCACCCACGAGUCCCUUCAGCUUGAAACCUUCUCACAAGCCAAGCGCAACAAAAUUGUAAAAAAAUAUGGGGACAUGAGAAAGGAAAUCGGCUUUAGAAUCCGGGACAUGUGGUAUAACCUGGGUCCCCACAAAAUCAAAUUCAUCCCAUCCAUGGUGGGUCCCAUUCUGGAGGUCACUCUGACCCCUGAAGUGGAGCUCCGGAAAGCCACAAUUCCCAUUUUCUUUGAUAUGAUGCAGUGUGAGUUCAAUUUCAGUGGAAAUGGCAAUUUCCAUAUGUUUGAGAAUGAGUUGAUCACAAAGCUGGACCAAGAGGUAGAAGGAGGCCGAGGCGAUGAACAGUACAAGGUUCUUCUGGAAAAACUGCUCCUAGAACAUUGCCGGAAGCAUAAAUACCUGUCCAGCUCUGGGGAAGUCUUUGCCCUCCUGGUCAGCAGCCUCUUAGAGAACCUGCUGGACUACAGAACCAUUGUCAUGCACGAUGAGAGCAAGGAGAACCGCAUGAGCUGCACCGUGAAUGUGCUGAAUUUCUAUAAAGAAAAGAAGCGAGAGGACAUAUAUAUAAGAUACCUUUACAAGCUCCGAGAUUUGCACCGAGACUGUGAGAACUACACGGAGGCUGCCUACACGCUGCUCCUACAUGCCGAGCUUCUGCAGUGGUCUGACAAGCCCUGUGCACCCCAUUUGCUCCAGAGGGACACUUACUAUGUUUAUACCCAGCAAGAGCUUAAAGAAAAACUGUAUCAAGAAAUUAUAUCAUAUUUUGACAAAGGCAAAAUGUGGGAGAAGGCCAUUAAACUGAGCAAGGAGUUGGCUGAGACCUACGAGAGCAAAGUGUUUGACUACGAGGGCCUGGGUAGUCUCCUGAAAAAAAGAGCCUCGUUUUAUGAGAACAUCAUUAAAGCCAUGAGGCCUCAGCCCGAGUACUUUGCAGUGGGGUACUAUGGCCAGGGCUUUCCUUCUUUCCUGAGGAAUAAAAUCUUUAUCUACCGGGGGAAGGAGUAUGAAAGGCGAGAAGACUUCAGCCUGAGGUUGCUCACCCAGUUCCCCAAUGCUGAGAAGAUGACAAGUACCACACCCCCUGGAGAAGACAUCAAGUCAUCCCCCAAGCAGUGCAUCCUUGCCAUGGGAAAAAUGGCCUACCAGCACUUUCCCUUGGGACAGCCCCAGCUAAGCCAGCAAAUCUAA